AUGCCACGUUACUGCUUGUUUGGAGACACAGUUAAUACAGCUUCACGCAUGGAAAGUAAUGGGAAAGCCGCCCAUAUUCAUCUAUCGAAGGAAGCACACAGUCUCCUUAACAAUAAAUAUCCUGACGACUAUGCAACUCUGUCAAGAGGAGAAGUGAUAAUAAAAGGCAAAGGCGUAAUGGAAACAUAUUGGCUAAUAGGCAGAAAAGAAUCGAUUCCACUUGAUCUAGUUAUCAAGAAUAAUGAAGGGCGGACUGACAUCUCUUCUCCACAACGAGCAGAAUUCCCAGAUGAAAAAAUUAUUGAGAGUGAAGCAUUGUAUAGAAGUUAUAUCAAUGUAGGAAUAGCAGCAACGGAACAGGUAUUGUCUUCAUUUAUGGCACACUCGCUUAGUGGUGGCGCUAUUGGAAUUGCAUUAGAUCGUAUGGAAGCAGAAGGCCUUACAUAUGGAUUCCAGUUCAGAUUCUUCGUCAACUAUACGGAAUGCAGUGGGUCUGAAGCUGCUGGUGUUGCAGUAGAUUUUAUGAAGAAUCGGAACAUGGAUGUAGUGAUCGCUCCACCAUGUCCAGAAGCGGCUAAAAUUAUGGCUCAUCUGUCGACGUUUUACAAGAAAACAUUGCUUGGAUGGGGAUUUCUAUCUGACUCUGAAUUCAGUGAUUCGGAACGCUUCCCCUAUCUCACUAAAGCUCUACCAGACUCACUAAGUAUGAUGAAAAGCGUGCUGCAACUAUUCCAAAUGUAUGAUUGGAACCGGGUGGCAAUUUUCUACAGCCCAAACGAAGUUCAAUAUUGUGACAGUAUCAUCGACGACGCAAUGGGAGCGUUCGCUGAUGAAUCAACUUACAUGGUGGAAGUGGUACAAAAGUCGGUGUGGAAUCGACAAGAUGAUGACAAUUUCAGAAAUCAAAUGCUUCGUGCAAAAAGAGCAGCGAGAAUAAUAGUAAUGUGUCUCGACACUGCUAAAGAUAGAAGAACUUUUAUGAAAACAGCAUUGAGGUUGGACAUGGUUUCGGAUGAGUUCGUCUACGUGCUCCUAGGAAUGCGUGGAUUUGCAUUUGUGGCGAAUGGUUUGACUCCUUAUUGGGAAGACCUGGAAAACAAUCAUGCUGACGAUCAGAUAGUCAAAGAGGCCUCUUUGAAAUUACUCGUGGUGGAUGUGAACGGCGAUGACGUUGAUCGAGAGACACUAAAAAACUUCACUGAGAAUGUUGUGCCACGAGUUAGAGAGGAUCCAUUGUAUUGCUCCACUAACGCAUGCUUAACUAAUGAUGGAAAGCCGAUGGCCACAUGGGCUCGUUAUCUUCACGACGUUUUCUACCUUUACGGCCUAUCUUUGAACGACUCGCUUACUCUGGAUCCGGUAGGAGGACAAUCUAACGCUUCAACUCUUUCUCAUUCAAUGAGACGAUCAUUUGUUGGUCUCACCGGAGCUGUCACUAUCAACGAGAAUGGAAGCAGAGUACCACUGUUCUCCGUGUAUGGUCUUGACAGUAACUACAACCAGGUCACCUUUGUAAAUUUCACCUUGGCCAAUGGAGUCCCUGUUAUGUCUAAAGGGUAUACGGAUGAAGCGACUUCAAUUUGGACAACGCGACGUGGGAAACGUCCACUUUCUCGUCCUGUCUGUGGUUACAGUGGCACAGAUUGUCCAGAGGCAUUCUGGGACAAGUACUCAGUGUACGUGAUUACGGGAGCAGCUAUACUCGCACUUUUCUUGUUAGCCACUAUUCUCUUCUUCGUCUAUAUCAUAAGUGAUUCUUUGGUCACAAGUCCACGGUCUUCUACAAGGAUGGGAUCUACAAACUGUCCGGACACUGGCAACAUGUCGUCGAUACCGAUGGAAGAUACGUCAGUGGUUGCUAAAAUUCGUCAAAUGGAACAAGAACAACUGCGACUGCAAUGGCAGGUGCCCUAUAUUAAGCUAAGAAAACCUCCUAGCAAGAAAGAGCUUCAACAUCUAAGCAAACCUUCACUCCAGUCAGGACCCUCAACCAUAACCGGUGAUUCACGAUUCAAUUCGGAAGCUAAUUUCGGUAACUACACAGUGUAUUUCAUCGACAAGGAUGCAGUUCUCACCACAAAACAUCCAAUAAGUGCUAUCACACAGGAGGAUUAUGUGAGAUUUCCAAAGGACCUUAUAUCAAAAGGAUCGCUGUGGUUUGACCCAUUUUUCAUGUUCUGCAUUAUGCGAGACAUUGCUGAAGGGUUGCGCUUCCUGCAUGCUUCUUUCAUCGGAUCUCAUGGACGACUUCGCUCCGGAUGUUGUCUAGUCAACGAUAGUUGGCAAGUGAAGAUAUCCGAUUACGGCAUCGAAUCACUGGCGGAGGAAGAGCGGCUAAAAAGAAAACGUCUUCUUUGGAUUGCUCCCGAGCACCUCAGGGAUUCCAGAACCUCUAAAGAGGGAGAUGUGUUUUCGUUUGCUAUUAUUUCUUCAGAAGUUAUUACACGAAGAGCAGCGUGGAAUAUCCACGAGCGCAAAGAGAGUGUCGAUGAAUUAAUUUAUAUGAUCAAAAAAGGUGGACCUAUUCCAUUGCGACCGGAUCUCAGCGCUGAAGCGGAAAUAAGCAAUGCAACGCUCCACCUCAUCCGGGAUUGCUGGUCCGAGAAUCCAUCCGAGCGCCCAGCAGCAGAGAUGAUUUGUAAACUUCUCAAGUCAACCAUGCCUGACACAAAGGCGAACUUGAUGGAUCAUAUGUUUAAUAUGCUAGAGGAAUAUACCACCACACUUGAGUUGGAUGUUGAGGAACGAACAAAACAACUCCAGGAAGAGAAGAAGAAAGCUGACAUUCUCCUUGGAAGAAUGCUACCAAGGCAAGUAGCUGAUCGCUUGAAACUAGGACAAACUGUUGAGCCUGAGGGUUUCGACUGUGUUACAGUAUUCUUCUCGGAUGUGGUGAAGUUCACGCAGCUGGCUGCUAAGUGUUCUGCAUUCCAAGUUGUCAGUUUGUUAAACGAUCUCUACGGCGGCUUCGACUCAAUCAUUGAAGAACUCUGCGUUUAUAAGGUUGAGUCAAUUGGAGAUGGUUACCUAUGUGUGUCGGGACUACCAACAAGGAAUGGCUACACACAUAUCAAAGAAAUUGCCGACCUAUCGUUGUCAUUUAUGGAUUUUGCGGACAAAUUUCGAUUCAGCCCACUCCCACGAGAACGAGUUCAACUGCGGAUAGGAAUGAACACAGGUCCGUGUGUGGCAGGUGUCGUAGGAUUAAGUAUGCCACGUUACUGCUUGUUUGGAGACACAGUUAAUACGGCUUCACGUAUGGAAAGUAAUGGAAAAGCCGGCCAUAUUCAUCUAUCGAAAGAAGCCCGCAACUUGCUCAACGGUAAAUAUCCUGAGGACUAUGAAACUCAAUCAAGAGGAGAAGUGAUAAUAAAAGGCAAAGGCGUAAUGGAGACGUUUUGGCUGAUUGGCAAGAAAGGAUGGAAUCCACCCGAUCCAGUGAUUAAAACGAAUGUAGCGCGUAUUGAGAUUUCACCUCCGCAACGAACAGAUUCUCGUGAUGAAAAAAUUAUGCAGAGCGAGGCAUUGUAUAGAAAUUAUAUACGUAGCAAUACGAUUGAAGCCUCAGAGUAG